AUGUCGUCAAGUUGGCCGGGUUGGCGAUGGGAUGGCUGGCUGACUGUGUGUGCAGCCGAUGAGCGCGUUCCCGUGUUCCAAGCAAAGGAGAUGGUGGUGGGGAGGCAUCGGAUCUCGAGGCCUCUCUGGUGUGGUCUGCUGCCAUGCCGUUGGUACAUGGUACUAGCGCAAGACAGCGAUGCAUGCGUGCCGGUCCACGGUCUCUGGAUACGAAGAGAACUGUGGCUGGUUACGUACCUAGGGGUGAUAACCCCCAAUGAACCCCCACAUGCCGAUCACCCCUCGCUGCUGCGCGGCUACUGGCGGCAAGCGCCCGAUUCCUCAGCCUCGUCUCCCCGCGAUCGGGGACUAGGGGGUUUCAUGAUUGACGCAGGGCAGCCUGUCCCUUCGAGCGCGCGGCUGGUCCGAUCCUUUGCUUCGCUGUCUGCGCCCACAACGCCCAUGGCGACUGAUGCGAAUGGCGCACCGGCGGCAGUUGCGGCGGCCGCCGCGCACCCCAACGCGGUAGAGCCGGGUCCGGGUAAGGCGGUCCUGCGAGGGCGAGCCUUUUACGAGAGCAUCGGCAGCCCGAAAUAUGUGGUUGCGCCCAUGGUGGCCCAGUCCGAGUUUGCCUGGCGCAUGCUAACUCGAUCUUUCCUGCCGCCCUCUGAGCAAUCGAGUAUCUUGGCCUACACUCCCAUGUUCCACGCACGCCUCUUCAAAGAGACGGAAUCCUAUCGAGAACAAAACUUUCAGCCUGUCAGACCCGGUGUCUCUGCGGCUUCCGAAGCGACGACGCCCACGCCCACGCCCUGGCUCGACGGCAACCCGACGAUCGACCGUCCUCUCUUCGUCCAGUUCUGCGCCAACGACCCCGAAGCCCUCCUCGGUGCCGCCCAGCGCGCCGCUCCCUACUGCGACGCCGUCGACAUCAACUUUGGCUGCCCCCAGGGCAUCGCGCGCAAGGGCCACUACGGCGCGUUCCUCCAGGAGGACCAGGACCUCGUCUUCCGGCUCGUCAACACGCUGCACCGCCACCUGAGCAUCCCCGUCACGGCCAAGAUCCGCAUCCUCGACACGCGCGAGGCGACGCUCGCCUACGCCCUCAACGUCCUCCGCGCCGGCGCCUCCAUCCUGACGGUGCACGGCCGCCGCCGCGAGCAAAAGGGCCACCUGACGGGCCUCGCCGACUGGAGCACGAUCCGCUGGCUGCGCGACCAGCUGCCGCCCGAGACGGUGCUCUUCGCCAACGGCAACAUUCUCGAGCACGGCGACCUCGCCAGGUGCCUCGAGGCCACGGGCGCCGACGCCGUCAUGAGCGCCGAGGGCAACCUCAGCGACCCGGGCCUGUUCGCGGCGCCGCCGGCCGACGCCGACGCCGGCCGGGCGUACUGGCGCGGCCGCGACGGCAAGGGCGGCUGGCGCGUCGACGAGGUCAUGCGCCGCUACCUCGACAUCCUGCACACGUACGUCGCCGGCGCGGCGCCGCCGCGGAGGCGGCCGCUGUUCCUGCCGGGCGACGAUGCGGCAUGGCUCGACCAGCCGGAGGACGACGACGCCGAGCAGCCGGCGCGGAAAAAGGUCAAGCGCGACGGCGGCGGCAAGAAGAAGGACAAGGUGACGAGCCCCAACUACGGCGGCAUGCAGCCGCACAUGUUCCACCUGCUGCGGCACUUUGUGUCGCGCCACACGGACGUCAGGGACAUGCUCGCCAAGGCCCGGUCGGGGGACCUCGAGGCGUACGAGGCCAUCCUGGCGGCUGUCGAGAGGAAGGUUGCCGAGGGUCUGCUGGAAUACGAGCGGACGGACGGCAAGAUGUUUGACGAGGAGAACGGUGUCACGGCUGCUGCUGCUGCUGCUGCUGCUGCUGCUGCUAUGACGACGACUACGACGACGACUACGACUGCGGCUGAGAGCGCACAGGACGAGACGCUCGACGGCGAGAGCUCCGUGGCCACGGUCAAGCGGUGCAAGCGGCCGUGGUGGGUCGUGCAGCCGAUCGUCAGGCCGCUGCCGAAGGAGGCACUGGCCAAGGGCGCCAUCAGGCCAAGCAAGAAGGACCUGCAGAAGCUGGCGGAGGAAGAGGAGGCGGCGAGCAAGAGCCGAACGCUGACACCGGAGGGACAGCCUGUGGAGGGCAAGGGGCUGGAGGGCAAGGGGCUGGAGGGCAAGGGGCUGGAGGACAAGAGGAUGGAGGACAAGAGGCUGGAGGACAAGGUGUUGGCUACAGACGACAAGCUGUUGGCAGGAUAG